AAGUACGGUGAGGUCUCGGUUGAGGACCUAUGAGCCCGUGACGAUCUGUUUGAUCUUCUGCUUCGAAUCAUUUCGAGUCAUUCUCUUUCUUUUCUACUGCUUCGUCUGCAGAUAAACUAUCAUUUACAUAUCAUUACGCCUCGGUCGUCGUUCCCCACGAACAAAUCGGCCAGCCACUACUCAAGUUCCAGCGUCGGUUCGACCACACUCACUUCUCAAUAAGACCAUGAUAUCAGACUUCAACACGAUACAACCACCAUCAUGACAGGCGAACUUCACCACGACCAUGUCGACGUCAACGAACAAGCCGAACAAGAAAUUCAGAUCCGUCCCAUCCAACCUCCAACCGGCACACACGACAUGGAGAAAAUCCCCACGACGACAAUACCCGAUCCCGACGACUCAGAAGCCAAAGACCGACCAGACCUAACACGCAUCCGUUCGACAGUCUCGCACCACGACAUGCACGGCGUCCAGUCCCACGACAGCUCAUACGUCGAAAUCAACGCCGCUCAGUACGAGCGCUUCACCGAGCGCCGCAAGACCCUCAUCGCAUGUGUCCUGGCACUAUGCGGCUUCCUCGCGCCCAUCUCCAGCACCACCAUCCUCGCCGCCAUCCCCGAAGUCGCCGCCACGUACAACACCAGCGGAAGUAUCAUCAACCUCUCCAACGCUUUAUAUCUAGUAUUCAUGGGCCUAUCGCCGAGUCUCUGGGGUCCACUUUCCACGAUUUACGGACGCCGUUGGAUUUGUAUCGUCACUGCGAUCCUAUUCUUCGCAUUUAGCGUCGGCACGGCCCUCGCGCCCAAUCUAGCAAGCUACUUCAUCUUCCGCAUGCUGACGGCCUACCAGGGCACGUCGUUUCUGAUCGUGGGAACAUCGUGUCUGGGCGAUAUCUACACGCCGACACAGCGCGCCACGGCGCUGGGCUGGUUUCUUUCCGGCACGCUGAUCGGUCCUGCCUUUGGGCCAUUUAUAGGCGGUAUUAUCGUCACGUUUCGCAGUUGGCGGGACAUAUUCUGGCUGCAGUCUGCACUGGGCGGGCUGGCUACCAUCCUCGUCGUGUUUGCCCUGCCGGAGACGAUACCGCAGAAAAAGAUCGAUGAGUUGCGCGACUUGCCGAGGAAGGAAAGAACGCUGCGGAUCGCGCAUUGGGUUUCUCCAAUACGUGUGACGGUGUUGUUGUUCAGUUACCCGAAUCUGAUCCUUGCGGGGUUGGCGUCCAGUUCGCUCGUCUGGAAUAUGUACAGCCUGCUCACGCCGAUUCGGUACGUGUUGAAUCCGCGGUUCCAUCUCACGAGCCCGAUUCAAUCGGGACUGUUCUACAUCGCGCCUGGGUGCGGGUACCUUUUGGGAACGUUCUUUGGCGGUCGCUGGGCAGAUCAUAUUGUCAAGAAGUGGAUUCUUAAGAAAGGUCGACGUGUGCCGGAGGAUCGGUUGAGGUCAUGCUACGCUUUCGUCGGCUUCGUGAUCCCGGCAUGUAUGUUGAUUUACGGGUGGUCGGUGGAGAAAAAGGUCGGGGGCAUCCCGCUACCUGUCAUGGCGAUGUUCGUGCAGGGUGUCGCCCAGUUGUUUUGUUUCCCGAGUUUGAAUACUUAUUGUUUGGAUGUGAUGCAGGCGAAAGGCUUGUCGGCGGAGGUUGUGGCUGGGAAUUACAUGAUUCGGUAUCUUUUCUCGGCAGCGGGGAGUGCGGUGUGUUUGCCUGCUAUUGAGAAGAUUGGGGUGGGCUGGUUCAGUUCGGUUUCGGCGCUGUUUUUGGUCGUGAGCGCUGUGAGUCUUUGGGCGACAACGGUUUGGGGAGAGGACUGGAGACGGGCUGUGGAUCGGAAGAAGAAGGCGAGGAAAGAGUCCAAGAUCUCUGAGAGGGAAGAGAAGGAGGGUGGACAACAGGGCGUAUGAUGCGGUUCGUCAGCCAAUCUAUCUCCUAAAGUUCUGUGUUUACUGGCAUAGCAACGGUCGGUGUCGCGGCGGGAUUAUGAUCAUGAUUUCAUGAGCCAUGAAUGAUGGAUAUCUGGACGCAUACACUGUUUGGCGUACAUAUAGAUGAGCAUGGCG